UGAUGUUGGCAGUGACGUUUGCUGCGUUUGGAGGCUACAUCUACAAGAUCACAAGCGCACACCUCCGUGCUUGAUUAACUAAUUCAACAAUUUAUUCGCGCGCGAGUCAAUUGACUCGGACGGUGUCCGGUCGUCAAACACCACCACCCCCAUCUCCCCCACACCGCGCGGGGGAGAGCGGAGGAGGAAGACCCGGAGUGGAUUUAUCACGGCCAAGGAACCCGAGGCAAACAGGACCCCGACGGAGGUGAAUGGCGCGCUGAGCAGGUGGACGAGAGGUUGUAGGAGGCGAAACGAGAAGCUGACGAGGUGGACCAGAGUCGUCGUCGUCCCUCGCCCUGGAUGAGGUGUGGACAAUGAUGGCAAGAGGAGGUCCCCUGCUGCUGCUGCUGUUGGCCACGCUGGUGUGGCCAGCGGUCUGUGAGGCCGCGCGGGGAGAUGGAGCCGCGGGUGGAGGAGGUGGACGAGGUGGAAGGGGCGACGGAGGAGGUGGAAGAGGAGACGGAGGAGGUGGAAGAGGGGGGAGGACGAGAAGCAGGACGGUGGCGGCGGCGGCGGCGGCGAUGAGUCGCGACCUCGCAGCGUUACAGCAGAGGACGGAGAUGGGGAACGGCACGGGGAGCGCCGAGAAGGUGGACCCGCGAGGGAGCUGGGUGAACUUCAUCGCUCACUCGGAGCAGCAUGUCAAGCAGCAGCAGCAGCAGCUGGUGGGGCGGCGCAGGGGCAAGACGCAGGCGGGUCCCCGUGGACCCCCAGGCCCCAGUGGCCCUCCUGGUCCCCCGGGUCCCCCUGGGCUCCCGGGGCCCUCGAUCACCCAGGAAGCUCUGCUCAAGGAGUUUGGUGGACUGAUCAGAGACGCGGCGCGACGGCGAGCGUCACUCCUCCUCCGCGAGAGCUGCCCCGAGUGCCAGCCCCUCCCCUCGCUGGGACCCCCGCACAGAGGGGGGCCCGACCUCCUCCCUCUCCUCGGAGAGGCGAGGGCCCCCCUGCCACGUGCCAGGGGGCCCGGCGCCCCUCCGUCGUCGCCCCCCCCGCCGCUGCUGCUGCAGGAGGCGUUUCACUGCAAGCUGAGCGCGGCGCUGAGCGUGAGGAAGAGGUCGGCCAAGCAGCUGCACGGGUUCCACACGCCAGUAAGUCAGGGUGCGUUUGUGCGAGGGGCAGGCAUGGAUCUGACGAGGGGACGAUUCACGGCUCCCGUCGCCGGCAUCUACCAGUUAGCGGCUCACGUCCACCUCGAGCGGACGGAGGGGAAGAAUAAGGGUCGAAGUUCACGGGGUCGUGAGGUCGCGCGUGUCCUCGUCUGCGUUGACGCCCUCUGCCCCCAGCACAGCUCCCUGGAGGGGCGUGCGGGGAUGGAGGGUCGCGCUCUCUCCAUGUUCGCCAGCGGCCUCCUGCAGCUCCAGGCUGGGCAGCAGGUGACCGUCUUGGUAGAGAACGGCUUUGGCAGCGAGAUCACUGUGCGCAACGAAUCCAGUUUCGGCGGCGUGCUGAUGGGUGUGUGACGACGAGUCGGGCUCACCACGAUCUCCGCACCACCUCCUCGCCCUCACCCCCCACCACCACCAUCACCACGGAAGGGGGGUGGCAACGAUGGCGAAAACACAUGAGCAACAACUAACCAACGUUCGCUGUUAAGUGGCGGUGACGUCACCACCGUUUGUGCCAGGCUAGGUGCACUUUGAGACUCUCGCGCAAAGUGUCAAAGGCCUACCAGCCGGUCACCGGACAGGAGCCAUGGGUUGACUGACUGAAGCGACUGGCAGAUGCACCAGCUGUGCCCCCCACUGUGCCACCUCGCCGCGUUUUAUCCGCCCGGCGCUCCGCUCGUUGUUGUGAGCGUCGCUCCCCUGCCCUCCGCUGCUGUUGGAGGGCGACUGCCUCCAACUGCCCAGCAGCGUCCUUCACGAGCCUCCUCCAUGGAGGCCGAUCUUGACACCGCUGGUACCAGUCAUUUCACAGAGAGAACAAUUUCACAUUUCGCCUCCGAGAUGAGACACACGUCCUGUUAGCGAGUGCCUAUUAUGGCUGGCAUGGCGCACGCUGGGUGGACAGCACCAUGCCUGGCCCACUUUGCUGAUUUGUAUGCACUGCAGCAGCUACUCGUAUAAGGUUGAGUCGACCUAGGUUAGGCCCAGGACUGAUUAUGAUAUCACUUGCACCUCAUUUUUAGUCAGAAGGGAGGCGAACUCUAGUCCCUGGGUUCACAGUGCGGUGCGCUAACCACUGCGCCACCGCUCCACCCGUUGGUCGCACACGCAGCACUGUGUGACGGUGGCGUCACCACGGUGCUUGUGCCAUGCUAGGUACGCACACAGUUAUUUACACGUGAUGAUAAAUCAACAGUCUGCCUGUUUAGAACCAACAAUGUAGCAGUGCUCGUCAAUUUUUGAUGACCCCAAGUGGUGGAAAUUCCACAUUCCCAUGACGGGGACCAGUUAGCCAUAUAAUUGCAAUUGUUGACUUCCCACAAAGUGGUACUAAUUGUAUCGAUCCUGGAGAGAUGAUUGCCUUAGUUGAGCCGCAUGUGAAAAUAGUUUGGGUUAGGGAUAGAGGUAGAGUUGGUGCUAGGGGUUACUUUAAGUGUUAGGUAAGGUUAGUGCUAGGGGUUACUUGAAAUGUUAGGGAUAGAGGUAGGGUUAGUGCUAGGGGCAACGAACUUUUUAUUUUACCAGGUAAGGCCCACAAUGAACUAUAUAGCUCUUUUUCAGAAGUGAUCUCGCCACAAACGAUAGGUCAACGAAGUUGAACCUUAUAGCAGCCAAAUACUCUGAACGUGUGAUGUUGAUUUUAAAUUUGAAGGGAAGACCCGGAGGAAAAUCCACGCGACCACGGGAAAGAGAGAGAGAGCGACACACGCCAACUCGAAAUAUACAGCAGGCGUCAGGGUCGAGAUCGAACCCACGACCUUCUGUAUACCAGGCGAGGUAAUUCAAAUCUCGCCGCCGUGGCGUGAGGGAUAAUGGAUGGUGGUGUGGGUGUCGUCUUUCGACCAUACUUCACCACGCUGGGCCACGUGCGUGGGUCGGUGAAGACGGGAAACGGACGCGGGUGCCGAUAUCGCUCGCCGCUUACGCUGGCCGUGGCCGGGAAUCGAACUCGGGGUCGGCGGGUACUCGGCACAGUCCGGCUCACCGCUGCCCUCUCUUUUGUUUUAAAUGACGGUUAUUAUUUGUGUUAAUAUUAUUGUUUAUAAUUAAUAUCGAUGACCUUACUGCCUAUUCUAUUGUGUUUUUGAUGUAAAUCUGUUCUUAGCGUGGGUCAUGUGAACUUUGAUGAAUGAUGCGAGUGGAUGUU